CAGCCCUUCUAAGAACACUCAAUGGAUUCAACUUUGAUGCACUUAGCUCUGCAACUACAGGCACAAUGUCACCUUGUAACUUUGCUCAGACUCUUAUGUGCCUCAGCCUUGGCAUUUGGGGACCAUUUCCAGCUUUAUCCCAUGUUACUCUGAGUGGUCGUGUUGGACAAAGUGUGACAUUAAACUGCAACUGUCAGGACAGCAGUAUUGUGAUGUGCUACUGGUACAAGCAAGUUUUUGGAGAAAUACCAGUGAGAAUUACUUCUUACAACAAGUAUGAGUCUAAAGGAGAACUUAUGAAUACUAAAGUGUAUACUAAAGUGUUUAUUAAAGCCAAUUCUCAAGUCGAUACUAAAUUCAAGAAUCGGUUUAGACUUAAUAAUACGGACAAUUACAACAACUUAGAGAUUAAGAGUUUGAUAGUUUCUGACGCAGCCACCUACUUCUGCAUGAGUAGUAAUUUGUACAAGCUCGAUUUUUUGGAAGUUGUUACCGUGGAUGUAGACGGUGCUGGAUUUCAUUUUGCAACUUCAGACUAUGAAUUGACAGGGGAGAAUUCCAGUGUUCAACGAGUCUCUGAGUUGAGUUGUAUCUUCAACAACGGAAUAUGUGAAGAAAAACACCAAGUCUACUGGUUUAAUAAUUUGUAUGAGUCUGCAAAAGGGAUUCUUUACAGUCAUGGAGGCAGCAGUGAUCAGUGUGAGGGGAGGAUGGACAGUUCAACAAAGUCCUGUGUCUACGACCUUCCUGUACGCAGUGACAGCGCAGACAGUAAUUUGGAAAAAUGUGCUGUGGCCUCAUGCGGGAAACUGCUCUUUGGGACUAAAAGCAAAUCGGACUCUGAAGACAAGUCCACGCCCUCAGUACUGGUACAAGUCUUGAGUGGAGCUUUGGUGGGGACUUUAAUCCUGUGUGUGUUACUUUCACUGGUGAUUUACAACAUCAAGAAGAAAUCACAACCUACAGUGACCACAGAGAAUGAAGAGGACAUCCACUACGCGGCCUUAAAGCAUCAGAGCUCCAGCAGACCGAGAAGUCACACCGACAGCACCAACACUGAAUGUGUUUACUCUGGGGUUCGACUGUAG